CCAAGGGAGGUGUUUCCUCUAAAAGACUUGGCAUCAGUAGCGAGUCCGCAGCAGCACAUGAGCUCAUGUGCACACAGCUCUCGACUGGUGCGCGGUCUCUGGAUAUCUCCGACUCUCCUCUUCGAACAGCGAGGCUCUUCAUCCUCGGAGUAACAGCUCUCCGCAGCAACCCGAGACGAUGGGGGACACGCAGUCUGCACCGCGGGACGCUGAGCAGGAUGCUGAGAGAGAUACGGAUAGUGGUCGGGCUCAGGAUAGCGGAGACUGCAACGUGGAAGACAAGCUCCCCCAAAAUGAUACACAGAUCUCCGGUCUGCAUGGGAAAUCAGAUGGCCCACCAGCAGAACUAAACGAUCACCUCGAAGAUGAGUUUAUUGAUGACCUCUGUGACACAGAAUCACCCCUGGUUUCUGCAAGAGAAGAUGUUUCCGAUACAUUUGCGACGGUGGACGACAAGGAAGCACUUUUAGAGGACGUGGAGAUCAACGAUGUGACAGAUUCUGAUCCCGAAGCCGAUGAGGCAUCGCUAAACGAUCAAGAGGAUAAGAUGAACGAAAUCAAUAAAGGCUUCAGGAGAUUCUUCAGCAACAUCAGUCUGAAAUUAACCCUCAAGCAGGGCCCAGAUGAUAAACCAGCUGAGAUAGCUUCUGAUGUUCUCCCCAACCAAGAGGUGGCGCCGUGCAUCCCGGGGGACACCUGCGACGGGGCAAACGAAAGCACGAGCGAGACUUGCGAGAACAAUGGCGAUCCUCACACGGCACAGGACUCGGCUGACAAUGAAUCCACGACCUGCCCCACGGUGACGGACAUGACAUCUGAGGAGAACAUCCAGGAGGACGUUGAACACAAAACCCCCGCGGCAACGGAGGUGGAUCAGGAAGCUACAGAAGGGAUUUUGGCCCAAGCCGACACAGAGGGUGUCAGGUCAGAAGUAGAGCCUGGAGGAUCAUGUCCACAGGACUCUGCUGAAGAGGAGGUGCUGUCUCCCAUUAAAGUAUUCUUUAUAACAGGAAUCUUUUCUAGUCUACGGAAAAAGAAGAAACCAGCCGAAGAGGAAAGCCUAAAAAACAAGACGAAUCAGAAAGAAUCGGUAGACAUGGAUAGAGAGGAACCGGGCGGGAUAGAAGGAAUUGGAAAAGACUUGGCACAAGAUGAGCUUUUCCCGAAUGCUGAAAGAGCUGUGGUUGAGGAAAAGCAGAAAACAAAAAAUGGAAAUGAGGAGGUCAUGCGCGAAUCAGCCCCGACAAAUAAUGAUCAUGGAACUGGAGAAAACCUUGUUAAUGCCAAUAAUGAACUGCUCAGUUCUGAAGAGAAGGUCAAAUUUCCAAGUAGCUCACUACAACGUCUGCUUUCUGGGGCUAACUUGAAGAAGGUCUCCACAAAGCAACAAGGGAGGAAGAAAUCAUCAGACUCCGUUGAGCGCGUUACCUGCCCUUUGCAAUCGUCAGUAGAGUCAACCGAGAGUACAACAGACGAAAGCCCAAAAGUGGCUCCAGAAGAGGUGAACAAGUUGGAGGAAAGUGCCUGGGAGACGUUGAAAAGACUUCUUACUCCUAAGAAGUUCCAGAAAAACUCCACUCUGAGUAACGAGGAGGUCAUUGUAUCAAGCAAACCGGAGGAACCAAAGCUAAGUGAGGGAGAAGAAAUAGAAGAUGGGAACACAGAGGAAAGCAGGAAGAGGAAAGAUUCAAUUGUUUCAUGGGACUCACUCUUGUGUGGUUCUGGAAACAGAAGGAGCAGAAAAAGUUCAAGUGCUGAUGAACAGAAAGCUAGAACUGAGGGAGAUGAUAACAGAGCAGCAGCUGAAUCAAGGCCUGCUACAGACCUGGACAGUUCACAUGAGAUGGAGGAUAACCUAGCCUCUUCCCCAGAGCAUGGAAGAAGUCCCUCAGACGACGAAGGGUCAACAUGGAAAUCCUUAAAACGUCUGAUCACACCAAAACGGAAACCUAGAGAUGGAGAGGAAACCAAAGAGCACACCUCAGAUAGUGAAAUCAUCCAGGACGAAUCAUCCUUUUCAUUAAAGAAAUUUCUCCCUGGACGAAGGAAGAGGAGACCAUAUGAAAAGCAAGAGGAAGUACCUUCCGAUAAGCCUGAAAGAGAAGAACAUUCAGACGAGGAAGACUCAGAUACACCUGCAAUUAUUCCUUUGUCCGAAUUUGACAUACCUGUAACAGAGAGUCAAGGAAAAAUACAGGCAGUGCUAGAAAGUCAAACAGCUGAAGCUGAAGCCCCAAAAGAACAAGAGGAGCUCAAUGGUCAGACAACAGAAGCAGUAGUUAUGUGUGACAGCACACCAGCCUUGCCUAAAGGGACUAAGGACACUGAAACUGCUUUAGAAAAACUGACAUCUACAACCCCUGCUUCCAUGGAAGAAGUGGAAGAUCUGUCAGAGAUUGUCAGCAAGCUUCAACUGCUCAGUGACAUCCCGGAGGAAGGUCUAAUCGAGGAGAGCAUAGCCACGCCUGCCUCAUUUGCUGACGAUGCAGCAAGAGACGACACAAUUGCAGAUGUAAUAGAGUUCACAUCUGAGGCUGUUACUGCACCAGAGCCCAUAGAUAUUACAGUAGAAGAUGAAACAGAGAUGGUUUCAGCAGUAUCCCAGUUGACAGACUCUUCAAAAACAUCUGGCAACACAACACCAGUGCCAGCGGACUAUGACGUCAAAGAGACAGACAACCUCCUCCAUCAAGUUGUGGAAUUCAUUUCUGCAACCCAGAAUGACGCCCUAGAGUGCACAAGGGACCAGAAUCCCGAAAGAAUUGUUGGUUCUGUCUCUUCUCACAAAUUGGAGACAUCAUUCUCAAAAGAACUCACAAUUUUGACAACACACCAAACUUCCAACGCUACUUUGCUAUGUACUGGUUUUACUGUUGAAGCAUUUGAUGCAAUUGACAGAGUUGCAGAGGCAGAGUGCUUUUCAGACAUGACAGAAACAAUUUACACACAGUGUUUAUCUGAAGAUACUACUGAGGAGUUUCAUACUGCUGGGAUGUCUAUUGAUGAAGAACUUAAAAACAUUAAUGAGAGCCAACUGGUGGCAUAUUCUUCAUCUGAAGGUAAUAAGGCUAAGACCUCAGCUGUUUUGCCCCCGGCUGAGAAUGUAAAUGUGUCUGAAACUUCAAUAGACGACCACAAGAACGAUAAUGAGCAAGAUCAUGAAAUGGCGCCCCCUGGAAACGACUCAUAUGUUGAGGCCACAAUUCAAGUCCAAAGCGAGGAAAUGGUUGAUGAGUCUGAAACACUUACACUUACUGAUGCGUGUGUGUCUAAUUCAGAAGCUACACCUACAGAUGAAAUUGCUAAAGGAAGUCACAUACUGGGUGGUGAACAGAUGCAAGAUGUCGCUGAGCUUAGUGUUGGGUAUGAGGAACAACAUGGGCUCUUAGUUGUCGAGGUAGGGGUUGCUGAGUUUGGACAUGUGCCAGUGUCAGCACCUAUUGAACCUGAAGAAGUCAUAAUGAAAGCAGACAAGACUAAUAGUCAGCUACACUCAUUUCCAUCUGUGGACGUGGGGCAAGCAGAGCAAGGUGUUCAAGAACUUCAAAGCCAAUCUAUGACUGAAGAUAUUACAGAACAAGACUCAACAGUACCUGACAGUUCUCCCUCCACUGAAGCAAAAGAACAAAUCGAACACACUCUGCUGGAAACAGAAAUGUAUAUAAAAGAAGACGUCGCCGAGAUUUUACAAGAUGCUCUCUGUGAGGAUGGAGACGAAACCACAGAAGUAACAGGUGAACUGCAUACAGAAACGUCUGUUGAAGAAAGUGAAGAAAGCAAUGUUCAGGUACUGGAACAUAAGGUGAUAACUGAAGAUAGUCCAGUACUGGAGGAUUUGACCGAGAAACGCCUUGCAACAGGAGAACAGGAACCUAAAGAAGUACCACAGCACACUUCAGUUGAAGAAGAUGAAUUGGAAGAAGUAAUGUCUAAUCCCAUGACAUCUGUGAUUCAUAAUGAUACCAAUAAUCAGGCAGUUGAAAAACAGGUUAUAACUGAAGACAAUGCAGAGUUCCAAGCAGAAAAUGCCCUUCCUUCAUCAACAAGUGAAGUGGAAAAGAAGGCUGCGGCAGUAUCUGAGCAAGGCUUGGCAGAGAGAGAGCAUAUUUACAGAGCAAAUGACCCUCGUGAAGAACCCAGGGAAGUGUUAGGUCAUGAAGAUGGCCAACCUACUGAAGUGCCAGAUCAAUUGGAAACAUUGACUUCACAAUUUGUGGCCUCUAUAAUUUCUGAUGUGAGUGUUGUUCAAUUACUUGAAAAACAGUUAAUAACUGAAGACAUUGCAGAGUCCCAAGCAGAAGAGGCCAAGACGGAAGUUGAAAAGGAGGCUUCAAUUGUUACUGAGCAAGGUUUUGUAGAGAAAGAGCUUGUUUCCAGAGAGAAGGACCCUUGCGAUGUAACCAGACAAGUUCUAAUUCAAGAAGAUGGCAUACUAACUGAAGUGACUGAUGAAUUAAAAACAUCACAGUCUGUCCAUUUGGGCACUCUGAACUCUGAAGCCAGAAAUGUUGCAAUCCAUCAACAGCUAAUUACAUCAGAAGACAUCAUAGGAUCCCUUACAGAAAAUGCAUGCACCUCGAUUACAGAUGCAGAUGAGAAAGAAAACGCAACGCAGUCAAAGCAAUCAUUGUUGUCUAAAGGGCAUUUAACUGUCAAAAGUGUCGUUAGUGAGGAACUUCUCGCAAUUUCAAUUACAGAUUAUGUCCAGGUCGCUGAUGUUACUAAGGAGUUGAAACCAAUAACAUCUACUCAUGAAGCCUCUGUGGAUUCUAAUACUGCCAUCGUUGAGGUUCUUGAAAAGCAAGUAUCUGAAGACAUCCCAGAACAAGAUAGAGCCUCUGCCUCUGUGACAGAUAAAGUUGAGAAUGAAACAGGGAUACUGAUAGAGCGAAUUCUUAUGGAAAAACCACCAACAAUGGCUUACGAUGACCCAGACGACAUUCCCCAACAGAGUGUUGCUAAAGAAGAGGCUGAAGUAGUUAAUGUGUCAACAGAGGUUGAAGCUCCACCUGCUGUUCAAAUUGCCCCUCUGAAUCCACUGUUUAGAAUUGUUGAGGGUAUUGAAAAGCAAGUUACAUCCCAAAACCUAUUAUCUAAUGCAGAAAAUGCCGACCCCGUCAUUACAUUUGAAGAUGAGAAAGCAACUGUAACUCAACCAGAGCAAUCAUUGUUGGAAAAAGAGCUUUCGACUGUAGAAAGCGACCUUAGUGAGGAACCACAGAAAGGUUCAGUUACAGAAGAUUUCCAGGUUGCUGAAUUUAUAAAGGAAUUGCAAGCAACAACAUCUGUUUAUUUAGCUUCUGUGGACUAUAAUGCUGGUAUCGUUGAAGUGCAUGAAAAGCAAGGUGUAUCUGAAGACCUCGAGUUCAAUGCAGUUAAUGCCAGCACCCUGAUACAAGUUGAAGAUGAGAAAGAAACUGUAACUCAAUCAGCGAAAUCGCUGUUGGUAAAAGAGCAUGUAAUUGUGGAAAGUGACGUUAGUGAGGAACCGCAGCACAUUUCAGUCACAGAUGAUACCCAGGUCGCUGAAGUCACAAAGGAAUUGGAUCCACCGGCACAUAUUCAUUUAGCUUCUGUUGACUCUAAUGCUGGUAUUGUUGAGGUUCUUGGAAAUAAAGAUCUAUCUGGAGACAUCCUAGUACCCGAAGGACCCUUGGUCUCCAUGACAGCUGAAGUUGAGAAGGAAACUGGGGUACUAACAGAGGAAGCUCUUGUGGUUGAACAACUUCCAACCAUGGACUAUGACCCCAAUGAAAUUCCCCAACAGAGUGUUGCUAAAGAAGAGGCUGAAGUAGUUAAUGUGUCAACAGAGGUUGAAGCUCCACCUGCUGUUCAAAUUGCCCCUCUGAUUUCAGAGUCCAGUGUUGUUCUGAUUAUUGUAGAGCAAGUUACAUUUGAUGACCUAGGAUCUAAUGCAGAGGAUGCCCAACCCAUCAGUUCAGUUGAGGAAGACAAAGAAACUGUAACUCAACCAGAGCGAUGUUUGUUAGAAAAAGAGCUGGUAACUGUAGAAAGUGAUUUUAUUGAGGAACCACAGCACAUUUCAGUUACAGAUGUUGUUCAAAUCGCUGACAUUACUAAGGAAUUGGAAGCAUCAACAUCUAUUGAUGUAGUUUCUGUGGACUAUAAUGCUGGUAUCGUUGAAGUUCUUGAACAUCGAGGUGUAUCUAAAAAUCUCGAACCUAACGCAGUGAAUGCCAGCACCCUGAUACAAGUUGAAGAUGAGAAAGAAACUGUAACUCAAUCAGCGCAAUCACUGUUGGAAAAAGAGCUUGUAAUUUUGGAAAGUGACCGUAGUGAGGAAUCGCAGCACAUUUCAGUCAAAGAUGAUGUCCAGGUUGCUGAAGUCACAAAGGAAUUGGAUCCACAAACACAUAUUAAUUUAGCUUCUGCUGGUGUUGUUGAGGUUCUAGAAAAUCUAUUUCAAUCUGGAGAAAUCCCAGGUCAUGAAGGAUCCUCUGUCUCAGUGACCGCUGAAGUUGAGAAUGAAACUGGGGUACUGACAGAGGAAGCUCUUGUGGUUGAACAGCUUCCAACCAUGGACUAUGACCCUAAUGAAAUUCCCCAACCGAGUGUGGUAAAGGAAAAUGAUGAAGUAGUUCAGGUGUCAACAGAGUUUGAGGUUCCACCUACUCUUCAUCCAGCCCCUCUGAUUUCAGAGUCCAGUAUUGUCGAGAUUUUUGAAGAGCAAGUUACAUUUGAAGACCUAGGAUCUAAUGCAGAGAAUGCCCAGCCCGUCAGUUCAGUUGAGGAAGACAAAGAAACUGUAACUCAACCAGAGCAAUGUUUGUUGGAAAAAGAGCUUGUGGUUGUAGAAAGCGAUCUUAUGAUGGAACCACAGCACAUUUCAUUCACAGAUGUUCUUCAGAUCGCUGACAUUACUAAGGAAUUUGAAGCAUCAACAACUAUUGAUGAAGAUUCUGUGGACUUUAAUGCUGGUAUCGUUGAGGUUCUUGAAAAGCAGGAUAUAUCUGAAGACAUCCUACUUCACGAUGUAGCCUCAGUGACAGCUGAAAUUGAGAAUGAAACUGAGAUAUUGCAGCAAGCACUUGUGGUUAAAACGGUUUCAAUCUUGGAUUAUGACCCUAAUGAAAUUCCCCAACAGAAUGUGUUAAAAGAUGGUGAAGUAGUUAAGAUGUCAGAUUUUGAAGCUCCAUCUCAUGUACAAAUUACCCUUCUGACUUCGGAUUCCAGUAUUGUUGAGGUUAUUGAAAAGCAAGUUACUGAAGAGCUAGGAUCUGAUGCAGAGAAAGCCAACACCUUGUUUACAGUGGAAAAUGCAAAAGUAAUUUAUUCAGAGCAAUCAUUGUUGGUAAAAGAGCCUGUUUCUAUAAAAAGCAACCUCAAUGAAGAACCACAGCACAUUUCAGUUACAGAUGUCCAGGUCACUGAAGUCACAAAGGAACUGGAAGCAUCGACAUUUGAUCAGGUAGCUUCGCUGGAUUCCAAUGCUGAUAUUGUUGAAAUUCUUGAAAAGCAAGUUGUAUCUGAAAACAUCCCAGUCCCCAAUGGAGCCUCUGUCUCAGUGACAGCUGUAGUUGGGAAUAAAACUGAGGUACUGCUACAAGUGGUUGGGGGUAAUGCGCUUCCAACCGGGAACGAUGACCCUCAUGAAAUUCCCCAGCAGAGAGCCGUAGAACAAGUUUGUGAAGUUGUUCAAACAGAGUUUGAAGCUCCACCUACUGUACAAAUAGCCCCUCUGGUUUUGGGGUCCAGUAUGGUUGAGGUUAUUGGAAAGCAAGUUCUAUCUGACAUCCCAGUAACUAAUGGAGAAAAGGUCUCUGCUUCUACAACAGCUGAAGCUGGAGAGGAAGCAGCAGUACUGAUAGCACAAGAGCUCAUUAAGAAAGUGCUCAGAACUGUAGUUGGAGACCCUGAUGAAAUUCCCAGACAGUGUGCUGUCAAAAAUGAACAUGAGUUUGCAGACAUUGCAAACAUAUUGGAUGGAUCAACAGAAGUUGACAUAGACUCUAUCAACUCAGACACAAGUGUACCCCAAGCGCUUAAGGAACAUGUUCUAUCUGAAGUUAUCCCAACUCCAGACACAGACAAUGCUUCUGUUAACUCUGUAACAGAAGUUACCGAGAUGUUGGAGGCCCCAACGGCAGUGAAAUUGGUCUUGAUUAACCGGGAGACAAUUCUACCCAAAGUAUUUGAAAAACAACAAGUACAAGACUAUGUGGCCUUAGUAGUGCCUGAACCUAGACAUGAAGUGGUCUCUAAUGCAGUAAAUGAUGAGGGUGAUAUCAAUAAACUUGCUGGGGUGGAAGAAAAUGCAGAAAUGGUUGAGGAUGUUGCAGCAAUGCAGGAUGAAGAUGGUGCAGCAAUGCAAGCAUGCGGUGUCCAAACCUCAAUGGAUCAUGAUGCCAACAGAGAAACGCCAAACAUUAGGGAACCUUUGUUAGAUGUCAUAGCAACUGAAGAAGAGCCCCAGGACACUGUAGAGCAUGUCAGGGUCCUGGAACCAUGUGUGGAGGAGGGCAUGAUAGAGAUGGCCAAAAAAAGCAAGGGAGAUGUUGAGGUCAAAUCAGCUGAGGAGAUGGGAGUCACAGAUGCCAAAGAGGGCAUGGACAUUGGCUGUAUAGUUCAAAAUGAGGUACAGAAUGUCUACACCUCCCUGGCGACAGAGGAGGAGAUGCUUGAUAAGAUGGAUAAUGUCACCGCAAAGGAGGUAGAUCAACAGAAAAACCAGACAGAAGUGUCUGACGAAGGGGCAAAGGAGGAGUCUUGUUUGAAGGAAGAGCCUGGGUCUGCAGUACAAGUUAUUGUCACUCCACCAACUGAUGAACAAAAAGGAACAGAAAUUAUCAAAAGUGAACCAACUGAAUUAGAGGCUCAAAAAUUAACAAAAAAGGAGUCUGAUGCAUCGAUCGAAAGAACAGCACCAGAAGUUCUAUCUGAAACUGAAAUUGGAAAUGAAGAGGAAACUCCCUCAAAUAUAGUUUUUGCGACUACAGACGAUGUCGCCAUAUAUAAACUCAAACCAGAUCUAGAUGAAACUAAAGUUGAAUUAAAAAAGGAAUCAGACAAGAAUGUCAUAGAAGAGGAUUCAUCGUGUUCCCCAGAGCUAUUGGCUGCAAAUGAAACGAUUGAGGCCAAACAGGCAAUAGUAGUACCUCAAAUAAUAACCUCAUCUGAGAAAGUGCAACCAACUUCUGAAAUGGGGGUGGAAGAAAUUCAGGCAACAGAGAAUGUUGAAUCCAACAUACAAAUGGAGGUAACUGAACUUGAAAAAGAAAAAGAAGAUCCAACUAUUAAAAUUGAAGUGACAGAACUUCAAGGAUUGGAGAAAAUAGAACCUAACAUUCAAAAGGAGGUAAAAGAAUUAGGAACCGAACAGAAACGCCAGAUCCAGGCGUCUGAGGUCAAUGUGAAUGUGGCACCCAAAAUACAAAUGGAGGGAACAGAGUUUCCAGCAACCGAGAAACUGGAAUCAACUCUUCAAAUGGAGGGAACAGAACUUCAAGUGACAGAGGAAGCUGAACAAAACAUUAAAAUUGCGCUGACCAACAUAAAGGUCACCGUUAAAGUUGUUGUCCAAGCAAUAGAGGCAAUAGAUCUUGAGAAAACUAAAGUUGAUGCACAUCUCAUAGAUGAUUCAUCAUUUUCACCACAGGAAGUAGCUGUGAAGGAAAUUAUGGAUGCAAAACAGGAGCAAACUCACCCUUGUGAGAUGGUUACACCAAGUCAGGAAGGAGAACCAACUAUCAAAAAUGAAGAGGCAACAGAAAUUCAGCUAACAGAGAAAGUAGAACCCAAGAUACAAAUGGAGGCAACGGACCUUCAAGGGAAAAAGAAAGUGGAACCAAACAUUCAAAUAGCGUUCACAGAAAUGAAAGACUCCUUAACACAGCGUGAACGACCUGAGGUUGGUGUCCAAGCAGAAGAGGCAAUAGAAAAAGCGAGAACAAUCCAAAUGGCAGAAGUACCUGAGAGGCUACAGGAGGCAUGCGUAUCUGAGGUUUCAGUAACUCGGGUGAUAGAAGUCCCAGGACUGGUUCAAGAAUUAGAUUCAACGAGGGAGAUGAUUCAGGCGGAGCCAGUGGCACUACAAGUUGGCUUAGAGCAAGUCGUGUUCCUUAGUCAAACGGGGCAAGCUCACUUUGCUGAGGAGCCUUUAGAAACGACACAGCAACACUUAGUGCACGUUGAACAAGCGGAGAGAACGGUGCCAUCAAGUCCGCCAGUUCAGCCUGAGGUUGUUGUCGAGUCAGCAGAACCUGUCUCCCUAUGGGAAGGGGAACUGGAGCAGGACGUCUGGUUAGAUGCAGAGGAGGACAUUGGCAAGCAAGAAGGUGCAGAGAAGACUGGGAAUGAACCUGUGUCAUUCCCAGUUCCCACGAUGUCUGUGCAAAGUCAAUUGGAAAUAUCUCAGGCCGAAGACCAAGAAGAAGUGUUCCUGGAUACAACUGGGCAUGCUCACAUUGAGGAAGAAAGUAGCCCAGAAGAAAUACAAGCAAUAGGAGAAAUACAUGAAAUAGAGAGAGAAGGGGAAGACUUUGCUAUUGCCCUGGAGGAUCCACAAAUUAAGAAUCUAACAGAGAAAAGUUUGAUUUGCAAGGAGCUGGACUAAUUCCUCCGAACUCCAGAAUCAAGAAAGGGUGGAACUGCGUGGAAGUUGAAGGCUGUUGACAAAGGAGAAGAACAAUGAAAGGAAAACCGCCGGAAUGGAAAGAGAACUUUUUCAAACUAAUUGUCCGAUAUACUGUUUAGGGGUACAUUUAGAAUUAUUUAUUUGCAUAUUAAUUUCAUUAAUAUAUUCAGCUCUUGCUGUAGAGACAGCUUGUAAACUCAAAGCUCAGAAAACCCUCAACGUCAUUCACACAGUACAGGCACCUACAUUCUUAUACUGCAAACUAGAAUUAUUUUACCGGGUGCAUUUUUAUUUAUAUUUGUAACAGCUGAAACAUAUACAUAUUUAGCUGAAGGAACAGCCUGUGCUUAUAUAGGUAAAACAUUUUAAUUUGCGGUUUUACAUAGUCACUUUGCAAUAAAUCUUUUGUAAUAAUAGGUGGUCCAAAUGAAUGUGAAAUGGUUUUAAAAACAGAAACAAUGCAAUCAAUAUGAAAACAAUCAAACUAUAUAAAAAGCUAAAGUCUGUAUAACAGCCAUUAUAUUUUGAUAUGAGAAGGAUCUAUACAAGUGAAGCCAAAUAGAAGUGGUUAACUGAAAACCAAGGCAAUAAGUAAGUAACUACUCCCAACUAGAUAAACGUAUCCAGGACAACGGUUUCUUGACCAUACUGAUGCAACUGCAUUAACUUUGUACUUAGAUGUUUUUAAAUUGAGACAUUUUGAUAUGAGCGCAAGAUUGCCAGACUGCUCUAUAUGUAUUACCACAAAUGUGUUUAAAUUGCACUGAGCUAAGAUCGCAUAUAUAUAUAUUACUAAAGCAAUAUACUACUACAGUAAUAUAUAUAACACUAUUAUCCACAGCGCCUUAACUGUAUUCUACCCAUUCAUGGCACCUUGGCCACCAGUGGCUCAUUUUCAGUAAAGGCAGCUGGUGAUGAGAGAGUUGAAGAAUGAGACAGGAAAUAUGCUUGCAAGAGCAAACUGUAUGUUGCGUAACCAAUAUAUUUAACCUUCCUUCACAAUCAGAUUACACAAAAACUAAUGUUUUAAAUAAAAUUAAAUGUUUCCAUAUGCACCAGUAUAUUUACAAAUGUGGUCAAAAUGCCACUGCGAUGAUACUCUAUUUCAAUAAAUGUCUGAAGAAUUUGAA